AUCGUCAUUUCAUUAAAUAAAAUCACAAGGCUGUUGUCGAGAGAUCGAACUAGUGGCGACGGAUCGAACUAGUGGCGACGACGGCGACCACCACCGCGAAACGAAACCGAAAACAUCGGCCGCCGAGGAUGCUCCGUUCACCUAUCUGUCUCAUAUUCUCUCUCCUCAUCCUAACCCUAACCCUAACCCUAACCCCAGUCCUCGCUCUCCAUCCUUCAUACCCAGACGAAUUCAACAUCACAUCCACGCCUAUUCUACAGGAAGUGUUGAAGGAGAUUUCUUCGAGACAGAAGUGGAACGACGAGGUCAGGUUUUCGAAACUAGAAGUGAAGAAGAUCCGGGUAGGUUCCGGUCGGAGCUUUGAGGUUCAAAUCCGGGUUGGGAAGAGCCGAUUUGCUUUUGUCUUCCCCGACGAAGUUUCUGCUUGGAGAAGUGUCCAUGGAAGAGAUGUGAAGUUGGAGAGUAUGGUGAAGGAAGUUAAUUCAACUACGGUUCUCGAUCCGGUUGCUUUGGAGGGUCCGUUUGAGCUUCGAGUCGCCGGCGAUGAUCACCUAUCACUCUCGUUACCGAUGAACAUUUCACACACUGGUCUGAAAAGAGUCAUCGUCAGCGAGGGCAUCUCGGUGGAAGUGAGGAAAGCACAAGGAGUCUCCCUUUUCCACUCAUCACACCAAAGAUUCCCAGCAAGUGAAGAUAAAGAGAAACCUUAUUCAUGGUCAUUUGAUAGUUCUAUGUGCGUGCUACUGCCUCCAAUACGGAUCGUAGGAUCAGCAUCGCUGGUUGCGCAUAGGACUUUGAAUGCUGAUUCGCAAAUCAAGACUUUGUACUUAUCAGAUGACACCAUUCGGUUGCUUCCAGAAAAAUGUUACAACUCUCGUGCGUACCUGCAGCCUCGCUCUAUCGAUCUUCUUGGCUUGAAGAUUGAUAGGUUGGAAAAACUGCUGAGUUUUCUUGGGAACAGAAGCCGCCAAAUCGAUCUGAUGGGUUCUAUGACAGCAAAAUUAAAGGCAUCGGGUAUGUUACGGUUCCAGUUGGAAAUUGAGAGAGGUAUCGAGAGUACGAAAUCUCUGCUCAACAAGACAGCAGAGUGGAGAACAAAGCCUAAGGUCGAACGGGUUUGGUUUGAAGUAACCGCAAAAGUGGAAGCCGAGAAAUUGAAGCCAAAGACGGUGAGAAAGGUAGUUCCUUUUAUUGAAGUGGAUACCGAGGCAUGGAGCAGUUUGAUGUCGAACAUAUCGUUCACUAAGUUCCCGUCAUUACUUGUUCCUCAAGAAGCUCUGACACUCGACGUGAAGUGGUAGCAGAAAGCUUGUAAGUAAUCAUUCGCACAGCAUCUUUUACUCCUUUUUUUUCCAUUUUUUUUCCUCGUUUAUGUUGGUUGUCUCUUCUUACAACCUUUGUUGUGAUCAUAAGAUGAACUAAGUAGCUCGUUUGGCCUUGUACGUAGUUUCAGUAAGUUAUAAGUAACACGAAAAUAGGUAAAGGAUUUGUGGGUUUUGUUUCGUGAUUGUGUAUAGAUUGAGACUGAUGUAUUCAGGGAUCAGUUUGGAUAUUGGUCCAAGUUUGGGUUGGUUUUGUGAUA